AAAAAAAAAAAAAAGAAAAAGAAAGAGAGAAACUAAAAUAAUAAUGAUAAUAAUAACAAAAAACAGGACCAGCCUACCAAGGCGGCAACAUCCUCCGCAUGUACCAAAUCCUCGUGGCAUACACCACCCAAAACUCAAUCGACUACUACGACGCCAUCAUGCCCCUCCAUAGCUUUCUUUACACCCGCAUCAUAAUCUUUCUCUUCGGUACAAUGGGCCCCAGUCUAUCCUUCUCUAAGAACGUUAAUUCACCGUUCGUCUACGCUGAGGCUGUCUUCGGGGGUGCGUUGAUCGCUAUCGGACAUUGUACGAAGCUGAGCGCCAUAGUUGCGUAUUUGUUGCUCGUGCAUGCUGUGGGGAAAGUUAGUACGUUUGCUGGGUGGAGGGCUUGGGUGGAGAGCACGAAGAAACCACCCCAGGAUCCCGGAUUGCUGGUUAGGGUUCUGAGGUUUGUGGGGUUUUUUGAAGAUCGUGAGGACUGGGCGGAUGCGACGGUGACUUCUCCUGGUGAGACUCCGCAGAUUGGGAAUCUGCCGAUGGAUAAGUUGGGACAUCAGUAUGCGAGAUUAGGGUUUGAGGGAUGAGUUUGGUAAGGGAGAGGAGGUGGCCGGGAUUGUUAAGGUAUAGAGUCUACUGGAUACUGUUAAAUGUAGUUGAUGCUGCUCUCACUUGAAAGGAGAUAUAUAGAUAUUGUUUAGAUUACUGAUAGGUACAUAUAUAAGUUAGGUAAAUGGCAA